AUGCUGUCGCAAAAGACACGUUGCAUCGCGAAGACACGUGGCGUCAAGAAGAUGCGGCUUCGCGAAGACACGUGGCGUCAGUUCGCCAUCAGGAUGCACCAGCACAAUGACAAAAUGGCCCCAGAUCCUGUAGUGUCGGUGAAGUGGGAGUUGGAGCUUUUCCUGUACGUGGAAGCUGCGUACUUCGUCGUUGUUCCGAUGCCGGAUCAGUUGCGUGCUUGGUUUGGAGGUUACGACUAUGUAGAUGCAGCCAAUGGUGGCACCGUCCCCGACCCACCACCACUGUUGUUCGGCACGUUCUCUGACACAGACGGGGAUGCUGGCGAGGUUGGAGGCACCUUGACAUGGACGGUCGAUGGAACGUACAAUUAUGGGACUUAUGACUACACACUGUCAGACUACGCGAUCUAUUUGGCGCUGGAUGCUGGCGGCACCGGCGGUUUCGAACUAGCGACAGUAGAACCUGGAUCGCUUAGUUACACCAUUCCAGACAACACGGAUCAGCAAACCGCGACAUGUCUCCUGAUGUAUGGAAAGAGCAGGCUCGGCAUCUCAGCAACGCCGUCGUUUUCCCACUGCUUUGAAGCCGCUUCCGGGAGCUUCACCACUACGACGGCAACUGAAGUCACGUCGACGACCAGCCUCACGGUCACCAAUACUCUCGAUCCAACCCAGGCGAUGAUCACCAAUGUCGGCUUCACGGACACGAGUGGAUCGGGCUAUUGGAUUGAUGGUACCGUGACUUGGGUUGCUCCUGACAAUCCGGCCUUCGAGUACUUCCGCAUUGUCAUGGUGCCGGCCCGAGUAAUGAUCUCGCCGAGAGACAACAUCGACAGGACGGCGAGAUCAUACGAGAUUGUCAACUCAGAUGCCAGAGGACUAGCACUGGAGGUAUUUGGGCCAACUACAUCGUGGUGCAAGCUUAUCGCUGGAUCUGUGAUGCUAACUGAUAUCUCCAACCUCGAUGCCGCCAAUGCAGCCGUGGGGACUUUCGGCGGAGAUUGGGCCGGACUUGCCCUCGUGGAUUCCAUUGCCUUCACAGACAGCAACCCCGCUGAGAAUCUCCUCACGGGCACGGUCACAUGGACCUUCAGCGCAACCACGGACCUGCUUGCAGCAUUUGACUAUGGCUUUGCCUCGGACUGGCGGGUUUACAUCGCAGAUGACACGCAGGGUACGAACAGGCAGCUCCUCGGGACAGUAGCGAAGCACCUGACGGAGGUCUUGGUGUAUGCCAACAAUGAGCAUGGAGAGUCACCCAACGCCGUGGCAUACUUGGAGAGGACGGCUUUGUUCUUUUCCGUGAACCGGCACAUUUCGUUCAUAGCCAGGAGGUCGAAGAAGUUGCGUCAAUCAAUGAAGAAGCAACUUCCGACCGAAACUGGAACUGUGACCGUGACCACGACCCUUUUCACAGUGGGUGUCGGCAACGUGCAGUUCACCGACACCGUUGACACAUAUUUUUCCAUCGGCGGAGUACUGACUUGGGAAGAGCCAGCAGACACGUCAGGUAUCACAGAGUAUCGCGUAAGGCUGGUUUUCGAUGUCGCGGCCUCACGAGAGCAGCUCGUCUACGAGCCAGACCUUGGCUUUGCCACGCAACUUGGCUUGAUAUCAGGGGCCGGAAGAGAUUUGCAUGCUGUGAUCCGUCGAGCUAUCCUGCAGAAUGCUGCGGAGCGUCAGACUGUUCAGGUCUACAUCGUCAACGGAUCUAUACAGCAGGAGGCCAUUUACGCUGGCCAUGCCCUGAUCCGGGCCCGGCGCUCAGACAACCAGACGACUCACGUAGCAGACAGCCUCUACGUUCAAGAGCUGCAGAUCGUGGACACGACCCCAGAAGCCCAAAUCAACAUCACGCUGACUGGAGAGUUGUACUGGAACACCAGCGGCCCGGAAUAUCCAAAUGUGGGGGAGGAUUGGAGCCUGAUUGACCAGUGGGACAUCUACUUGGCACAGGCGACGGUGCAUGGCAGCAACAACACUGGCAACCGGUUGAAUCAAGGGGACGACACGAUCAUCGUCUAUGCGUCCAAUGCAGUCGGAAAGGUCACUUUCACCGACACGGACACCGACGCAGGCACAAUCACCUGGGACCCUCCCGCCGAUCCCAGUUUACUGACGUCGUCCGAACCUGAGCCAGACAGCGAGCCAGACAGCAAGUAUGACAUCUACAUGUCCAGCGACCAGCAAGUCAGCUUCUUCAGUUCGGAAGUUCGCAAAGAAGCACCCUCCGCAGCUGAGCUCCGAGGGCAGCAGAGCGCCUCGAGUGGAGAUGACCUAUGGUCCGCUUUGGUCACCGUGGCCGAGUCAGAGAUGGCGGCCAGUGCAAGUCAGGAUGCUCUGGUCGCUCCGCAGGACCCUGCGCACCGUCCGGCGCCGAAGGAGCCCACGUCCGCCGAGGACGCGAUCGCCCUGCUCAUGGACCCCACCACCUCGACUACCACGACGGCACCACCGGCAGCGGUCGCCAAGGAGCCUACGGUCAAGGCCAUGCCUGGCCAGGUCGCAGCGACACAGCAGCAACCAGAUGUUGCCGCAACCUCGUCGGGGACAGCAGCCACUGGUUCGCAACACCCGUCCGGCGACACUGGGGCCGCACCGACGGACGACGGUCCUGAGCCUGGACCACCUGGGCCGCGUGACCCUCCGCAAUUUGCGCCGCCACUAAGAUACACCCAAUGGCCGCAAGCGGAUGAACAAGGACACGAGUUCGGGGAGGCUCCUCCAAGCUAUACCGUGACAUUCAGUCCGAAUGCAAUGUCCGCUGCCCCGGCUGUUGGCUCCGACGAUGUCAUUGGAAGAUGGGGAUCCAUGUCAGUGAUGCGCUUUGCGCAGGACGCAAUUUUCGUUCCAGACAGGUUUCGUCAAGUGCGCCAAGUGUUUUCCUGA